AUGCCUUUGGGAGAAAAGCCCACUAAGGAGGAGAUCCGGCUUGCACAAGAUAAGGAUCACUCCAAGUAUUGGAGGAGAUGGGGAACAUACAUGGCACAGAGGGCAUGGGGGUUGCCUCGUGAGGAUUACACUGAGAGUGGAGAUGCCUGGCAGUUUGAUUUCGAAACGUCUCGGUCUAGAGUGUACAGAUGGACAGAAGAUGGGUUGGGGGGAGUCUGUGACAACCAUCAACACAUUUGUUUGAGUUUGGCCUUUUGGAACGAAAAUGACGACAUUUUGAAGGAAAAGCUGUUCGGUUUGCCGGGUGGAGCAUCCGCCAAGAGUGGUAACCAUGGUGAGGAUGUCAAGGAGAUGUAUUAUUACUUGGAUAAUACUCCCACCCACUCGUACUCGAAAUUCCUCUACAAGUACCCAAUUGGCAAGUUUCCGUACAAACAGAUUUACGAGGAGAACUCCAAACGGUCUAAGUUGGACCCAGAAUACGAGAUCACCGACACGGACGCCUUCAAGGACAACAAUUAUUUUGACAUCUUUUUCGAGUUUGCUAAAGACGAUGAGGAUCCAGAGGAGUUAUAUUUCAGAAUCACCGUUCUGAACAGAUCCCAGGCUCCUGCUCCGUUGCAUAUCAUGCCUCAGAUUUACUUCCGUAACACGUGGGCGUGGGGCGAUGGCGAGGCUCAUGAGAAGCCAGAAUUGUCCAAAGAGUAUCCAGAUUCCGAGUAUUCUAUCAAGGUUGAUCAUUUCAAACUGGGUGGCCGUCGGCUGGUUUUCGCCCCGGCUCCUGGUGUGACUGAUGAUGCUGCCGACGUGGAGCCCAAAUUGCUUUUCUGCGAUAACGAAACCAACUUCAAACGGCUCUACGGUGUGGAGAACAAAACAAAGUACACUAAAGACGGUUUCCACGACUACAUUAUCGAUGAGGUUCAGGAAGCGGUCAGCCCAGAGAAUAAGGGUACCAAGGCAUGUGCAUGGUUUGUCUUUGACGAAAAUGGAGGAAUCCCACCGGGAGAGUCUGUGACUGUUCGUUACAAACUCACCAAGAGCCCAGAAAUUGAAAUAGAUGAGGAGGAGUUCGAUUCUGUUUUUGAUGACAGAAUUGUAGAGGCAGAAGAGUUCUACUGGAAUGUUUCUCCUUUGCCAUUGCCUCAAGAAUUGCGUAAUGUCCAGAGACAGGCGUUCAGUGGCUUGCUGUGGAAUAAGCAAUUCUACCACUUUAUUCACGACUUCUGGUCUAGAGGUGAUCCCAACUCGGACAUUGCUCCUGUCAUUGGUAGAGCCAAUGGCAGAAACAAGGAAUGGAAGCAUCUUUACAACGAAGACAUUUUGUCGAUGCCGGACGACUUUGAGUAUCCGUUCUACUGUUCUUGGGACACUGCGUUCCAUACUAUUCCGUUCGCCAUGAUUGACCCAAAUUACGCCAAAAAGCAGUUGGAUCUCUUGACCAGAGAGUGGUACAUGUCUCCUCAAGGCCAGAUCCCUGCGUAUGAGUGGAACUUUUCCGAUUCCAACCCGCCUGUUCAGGCCUGGGCCGCCUACAGGAUCUACAAGAUCGAGAAAAAGAUGUAUGGUACUCAAGACCGGCAAUUUUUGGAGCGUGUGUUCCUGAAGUUUGUGAUCAACUUUACAUGGUGGGUGAAUAGAAAAGAUCCUGACGGAAAUGGUAUUUUCGAAGGAGGUUUCCUUGGUCUUGACAACAUCAGUUUGUUCAACAGAUCCGAGCCUCCUGCUAAUGUGGAGCUGUUCCAGUCGGACUCGUCUGGAUGGCUGGCCUGGUACUCUCUGGUGAUGAUGAACAUUUCUUUAGAGCUGGCCAAGGAGAAUCCUGUUUACGAAGAUACCGCAUCCAAGUUUUUCGAGCACUACCUGCUUAUUGCCGAUGCGAUGUCGUACUUGAGUCCCCCGGGAGCUCGUGACGAGGAUACGGUUGCUCCUACUCCAGAAUCGUUGUGGGAUGAGGAGGACCAGUUCUUCUACGACAAGAUCCAUUGGGGAGGCAAUCACACUUCUGCCAUGAAGGUCCGGUCUUUGGUGGGGCUGAUCCCACUGUUUGCAACGUGUACGUUGGAGCCGGAACUGCUUGACAAGUUCCCCAAUUUCAGAAAACGGCUCAACUGGCUCGUGGAGAACAAAAAGUACUUGAUUGAGAGAAACAUUGCUUCCAUGGAUACCAGAGGUUCUGGCGAAAGAAUGCUGUUGUCCUUGGUGAGUAAGGAGCGGUUGCAGGCUAUCAUGGACAAGUUGUUUGACGAAGAGGAGUUCUUGUCGUCGUACGGUAUCCGGUCUCUAUCCAAGUACCACGAGAAUCAUCCUGUUUCUAUGAACAUCAACGGCCAGGAGUAUGCGAUCAAGUAUCUUCCCGGCGAAUCUGAUUCCGGCAUGUUUGGCGGAAACUCCAACUGGAGAGGACCGAUUUGGUUCCCAACUAAUUUUCUGCUGAUCGAGUCUCUGCUGCGGUUCUAUCUGUACUACGGCAGCGAUUUUAAGGUGGAGGUGCCAAAGGGCAGCGGGCAGUUUAUCAAUUUGGCCCAGGCCGCGGAGGAGAUCCAGCAGAGACUGAUUUUGCUGUUUGUCCCCGACGAGAAGGGACACCGUCCGUACCACGGCCCGGACCCAGAUCCUAUUCUGACGAGCGAGCAUUUCACGGAACUGGUCAACUACAACGAGUACUUUGACGGAGACACUGGCCGCGGUUUGGGAACCAAGUGGCAGUGCGGAUGGACUGCGCUGGUGGCGAGGUUCAUCCAGGACGUUGGUGUUGCAUGCCGUUCUCCAACCGGCCAGAGACGGAGACGGUCGUACUACGACGAGGACGAGAUCAAGAAUUACACGCCGCGGCCGGCGCCGUUCCCGCUGCUUGUGCGGCGGAAGUCGGGCAAGUCGCUGCUGAACCUGACUGCCGACAAGCUAGACAUUGAGGACGACGAGAAGAGCGCGCAUAAGGUGCCGGGACUGAGCCGCAGAGCAUCGAACAAAACGAUCGGCUCGGAGUCGGAGACCCAGCCGGGCGAAGACUUCCUAAGACAGGUGCGGGACGCAAUGGCCAAUUACAAGGUGGACGACGAGAUGAUGGUGACGAGUGAAGAGUUUGAAACUAGAAAAUAA